CCAUCACUACCCAGUAUUAAUACGCACCCCCUCAUUAAUUUGGUUCCUUUGUUCAUUGUCAAACUUCUACUCCCACGACCUGACCUAUCUCUACCAUCUGGAUUAGGCGACUGGCUAUUUCCCACCUAUCCCAAUCGGUACAAGUGCUAGGAAAUCCUCCUGAAGAGACUCCACCUGGCCCAGAUAUAAGCUCUGGUUUCGAUCCGCCUUAUUAGCCUCAGACUCUCAGCCCCUUCUUCGAUAUCAUCAUGGCGCUUCCUCCGAUAGCCAAGGCGACCUUACAGGCCGCGCUGAUCAACGCCGGCUCCAAUGUCUUGGCACAAGCGAUCGGUGCUUACAAAGAUGAGAGACCUUUUACUCUAGAUAGUCAAGCGUUGCUGCAGUUCACAACGUCCGCGUUCAUCCUCUCACCCCUGACCUUCCUCUGGCUCGAAGGACUCGAGUCCAAAUUCCCUGGCCAGAAGGUGGUCCAUGCGCCGAAAUCCAAAACGGAGGGUGCCGCAGAGGCGAAACCCAAAUUGAACGUGACGAACACCGUGUUGAAGAUUAUCAUCGAUCAGGUGGUGGGUGGUGCGUGGAACACUGUCGCCUUCAUUACGACGAUGGGAUUCCUGCGUGGUCAGGACUGGGAUACGAUCACACAGCAGAUUCAGAAUGAUUUCUGGCCGAUUUUGGUUGCAGGUUUCAAACUCUGGCCGUUUGUCUCGAUCUUGAACUUCACAGUCGUACCUACGGACAAGCGAUUGCUUGUUGGUAGUUUGUUUGGUGUUAUCUGGGCGGUCUACCUGAGUCUCAUGUCUGGUUAGAUUGAGUCUGGCUUUGAGACACUCUUUCACAUAUUGACCAACUUGGAGCGUGCAACUUGAACCGCGUUUAUACGGCGCGAUUCGAAGUACGCAGGGGUGGUUCGAUAUGGGGCUGUUGGUUUUUUAAGGAGACAGUCUGAAACAGUAUCAUUGGCUAUGUCUGUGGUGAUUCUGUCUGACACAGGGAAGGCAUGUUGUGGGUUAGAGCUGUCAUACUAGUCUAUGGUGAUUAUAGA